AUACAUGUACAUGAUUAACCAAGCACCAUAUUCUCUCUACUCUCAAGAAAAGCAUCAACACUCUCCCCUUUCAUUUCUCAAUUCUCAUCUCAACCCAAAUUAAAUAUGGAAGAUUUCGACGAUUACAAGAACUAUUGGGAAACCGGGAUGUUCUUGCAAACGGAAGAACUUGACAGUUAUUUCGAUGAGCACAUAUCUGCAUAUUAUGACUCGAGCUCACCCGAAGGAACACAGUCAUCACUUGCCUCAAAGAACAUAGUCUCGGAGAGGAACAGAAGGAAGAAGCUGAAUGAGAGGCUGUAUGCACUAAGAGCAGUGGUCCCCAACAUUACUAAGAUGGACAAAGCAUCAAUAAUCAGAGAUGCAAUAGAGUACAUCCAAGCACUGCAUGAUGAAGAGAGGAGAAUUCAAGCAGAAAUAUCAGAGUUGGAGUCAGGGAGAGCAACAAACUUUGAGUAUGAACAAGAGAUCACUACAUUUUGCUCAAAGCCAAAGAGGACAAGAAUGGAGAAUGAGUAUGACUACAGUGCCCCAAGAUUAAUGUCAUCACCCAUUGAAGUUCUUGAGUUGAGGGUAUCCAACAUGGGGGAGAAGACAAUAGUGGUUAGCUUGACAUGUAGUAAAAGAACAGACACAAUGGUGAAGUUAUGUGAGAUCUUUGAAUCUUUGAAGCUCAAAGUCAUUACUGCCAAUAUCACUGCUUUCUCUGGAAGGCUUUUGAAGACUGUUUUCCUUGAGGCUGAUGAGGAGGAAAAGGAAGAUUUAAGGCUAAAGAUAGAGGCUGCCAUAGCUGCUCUAAGUGAUCCCGACAGCCCUAUGAGCAUCUAAAUCAAAAACAACAUAAGCAAAAAUGAAAAUUUUCUCCUGAAAUUUCACCUUCCUGUGUUCAGUUUUCACCCUAUUGCACUGUAUGGUGUUUUCCUUUUUCUUGGUGGUUUUUGGGUGAUUUAUGUCUCUCUUUUCUACAGUGGUUAGCUUGUACAAUGUAGAAUGUAGCCUGUCUGAGGAAGAAUUUCCCAAAUAAAAGGAGUGGUGUUUAGAAUUUCUCA